AGCGAUUUCUUUCACUUUCGUUUACAGUGUCGAUCUACUACUACACAGAACAGAAAGUGAACCGAACAGGAUCGAGCUGCGGAAGGACGUGGGCAAAGCAGAGAUCUAAGCAGACUUGGUGUCACAGAAAGUGGUAUGCAGACUCUUGAUAACCAUGGCAACUUCCAGCAACGAUGAUCAGACAGAAGCUAUGGAUGUUGACACACCUCAGGAUGAUAGCAGUACUGAUACUGGCAAAGCUCAAGUGCAUAUCAAAGUGGAGAGUACUAACUGGAAUUUAAAGGACAAAAAGCCAUGGGCAACUUUAGAAAAAAAGCUCCAGACAUUCUGUAGCAAGCUAAGCAAGGGAGCCAUAUCAGUUUUAAAAAUAGACCCUGAUGAACAGGAUCCUCGUUAUGCCACUGCAGAAGUAACACCUUCCUCAGCUGUGGGGAUACUGCUGGAACAGAAACCUUUCAAGGUCCACGAUUUGUCUUGUGAAGCCACUGUGCACUUUUUAAACAAAAGCCUGGCGCCAGCAGACCACUCAGACCCUCCAACAGACAAAAAGAAAGUUCAGAUUCCAUUGAAAGUUGGAGCACAGCUGGAUCUCAACAAAUUGAACCCAGAAGCUGCUGAAGCGAUACAUGUCAAGUAUAAGCAGUUCUGCUCAGAAGAUGGAAAAGUCACAGUCCAGGGCUCAUUCGAAGAAGUGGAUCAGUUUCACAAGGAUAUCUUGAUGUUUCACCUUGAUUCCAAAAGGCUUCAUCAAGAGCAACAGCAGGAGAUGGAGCAUGAAGCCAGAACAAAUCUGGAGACAGAGGCAGAGGGAUUUGAGGGGAAGAAUGGGGCAAGUCCUAAGAGGGAUAUGAGCAAGAAUGGAGAAGACCAAGUGCCUGCAGGACAGACUAUCCCAAUGUCACAGUUUCACUAUGAUUACUUAACCAAAGCCUACCGAAGGGAGAUUGAAGACAUCAAGCAGAGCUCGGGUGUUGAGAUGAACUCUGAGGUCAUUGUGUCCUUCAGUCCAGCUCAGGGAAAGGAAGAAGCCAGAGUGCAAAAAGCUGGGGAGGACUUCAUACACCUCUAUCAGAAUGCUGCAACCAGCCUGGGCUCUGUGAAGAUCCCACUGUCGAGUGAGGAGCAUGGACGACUGCAGGACGAUUUUAAAGAAAUGCAGAGUAGCUCCUUCAGGUUUGUCUUGAACAAAACUGAAGAUGGGUACAACCUUGUCGGCCCCCAACAGGAUCUUCAAAGGGUUCAGAAGGAGCUGAUGUCAAGAUUGAGUGGGACAGCGAAGAAGGCAAGAUCAGAACUCAUUGAAAUUCAUUACGAGGAGCAGUUAAUGAAGAAAGACCUUGAGAUGUACCAUGUCCACUGGAAAUUCAUAAACCAACUGUAUAGUAAACAGCUGCAGCGCAUCCAGGAGAAGUUUGGCGUGAAGAUUGACGGACAACCAGUCAGUGGCUCUCAGGAGGCUGUGAAGCUGGAGAUCAAGCAAGACAAGGGCAGCUUCAAUCUGCAAAGUCAUGCCUUUCAUGCGUUCCUGGAACUCUAUCAGAAGGUGGCAACCGGCUUGAUGUCAAGGUCAGUGGAGGACGCCAGUGAGGCACAGAACGCCAAGAAGUUAUUUAAAGAAAUAUGCCCCAAUCACCCCAAUGUUUGGGAAGACGAACAAAAUGUGAGCUUAAAGCUUGUUGGCUUUGUCAAUCACUUGGCCCCAGCUGUGCUGGAGAUGGAAACCAAUAUGGGUAAGAAGGUAUUCAAAGGGGAGGAGCUGGUGCUCAAAUUCCUCACUAGUGCCACAGGCGGACCAGACACAGAGGAAGAGAAUUGUCCCAUCUGCCUCAGUGACUUCACAGAGAAAACACUGCUUAAGUGCAAACACGCUUUCUGUAAAGGCUGCCUGGAUCAGGCCAUGGCAACAAACCCCAUGUGUCCCGUCUGCAAAGCUGUGUUUGGAAAAGUGGAAGGGAACCAGCCACCAGGGAAAAUGACAUGGCAUAAAACCAGAAACAGUCUUCCUGGGUUCCACUGCGGGACCAUUGAAAUAUCCUAUGACAUUCCAAGUGGAAUUCAAACAGAGAAGCACCCUAACCCUGGCCGUCACUUCAGUGGAACUGCCAGGCAAGCCUACCUACCAGACAAUGCAGAAGGAGAGGAGGUGCUGAGACUGCUUAAAAAAGCUUUUAAUCAGAAAUUGAUUUUCACUGUGGGAACCUCUCGCACAAGUGGAGCGGAAGAUACUGUCACUUGGAACGACAUCCACCAUAAAACAAGAAUACAUGGCGGACCGCAAGGGUUUGGAUACCCUGAUCCAGAUUACCUGAAGAGAGUGAAGGAGGAGCUGAAGGACAAAGGAAUAGAAUGAAGAGCCAAGAACCUGCCAGCCAAGAACCAGAGCACAAAUAAUAUAUAUAUAUAUAUAAUAUAUAUAUAUACACAUAUAUAUACACACACACAUACAUACAGUCAACUCUUAUUAAUACAACCAGCCAAAUGCAUACUGUCAGUUUUUAUUGAAGUUACAUUAACACUGAAAUGCAAUGCAUAAUACAAUACUCAGGGUAUUCCAAUAUGAAUGAUUACUGGUGAAUAUGUAUACUUUGCUGUAGUAGUUUGCACAGUAGGACAGUUCUUUGCCAUCCCUUUCCUAUGCUAACUGCAUUUCACAUGCUCCCUCCUAGUUUUUACAAUGGUUAUCAAUACCACACUAUAAUUACUGAACUAAAACACCUCAAAGGCAACUAUAUAUCAUCUACAUCUUUAUAAAGUGAAAUCGUAUCUGUUUCAGAUAUUAUAGUUUUGAUUAGGCUGGCAUUCAUUCAAUAUGACCUGUGGCCAAAUCACUUGAUAUUAGCAAGAUGAAUGUUUAAUUGUACAUUUGGAUAUAAGUCUCAAAUAUACCUAUACAUUUGCUCAAUUAUGUUUAUAAUAUUUCUGUUUAAUGUCUCACACGAAUACAAUGUUUUAAUGUAAUAUCAAAACUCAAAGCAAAUAUAGACAAAAAAUGUCCUUUGAUAACAUAUUUUGAAGUUUUACCCUUACAAAAACUGAUAAAUUUAAUUCCUGACCAAUUGCUGUAUACUAUUCAAAAUACUGAUGAAGGAAUUCUGGGAGUUGUAGUUCUUCUGAGUCUAACCAGCCCUCUUUCCAGAGCUCUGGCCAGAAAGAGACUGGGUGAAUAUGUGAGGGUGAAGGAACUGAUAGAUGUGUUAAUACAAUAACUUACUAAUCAAUCAACAUUAUAUCAUUUACAUGGGCCACGGUAGAUCAUGUACUAAGGGUUUAAGGGGAAGUCAAAGUUACUUCAAGAAUAAGUGAACAUGCUGAGAAAACACAGUGAGCAGUUGUGCUUUUGCAGUAAUUAUUGGGAGGGGUGCUGUUGCUGUUACUGGCAUGAUUUAAUAAAGAUUUAGUUUCACUGG